AUGCCGUAUCUGCCGGCGAUGUUUCCGCUGCUCUUGCUGGCUGGAGUUAACGCGGCUGGCAUUGGGGAAGCUUGGCAAGUUACGCCACAUGUGAAAACGGUCUACACGGAUCAUCCGUUUCGAUCGCGAUCAGACUCCUCGGCAUUCGAGGUUCGCACCGUAAGCGGAGUAGGUCGUUUGGCUCCGUUUGACGAAUCUCGCAACGUUGAAAAGCAUCCGGAACUCACUACACCGGGUCUCGUCGAGCCAAACGCCCUUCCGGAGGGAGCCGAGGAGGUCCUUCGCGAGAAUAAGAAUCUCGAGCAUUUCCGGAAACUCUUGGAAGACUCACCGUACGGCAAUGACGAGGUUGAAGACGACGUUAUCGAAAGCGCUGUACCUGUACAAAGGAUUUUCCAGAAAACGCUCAUGAUGAGAAUUCUGCCUGCGGACAAGGAGGACAACGACAACGACGACGACGACGACGACAGCGAGCAAGCUACGAGCGGACUCGUGCAACGUAUUCGUAGGCAAGCGGAUAACGAGACGAGUAUGGAGAAGAUCUCGACGACGAAGAACGUGCGCGAGGCUCGUCUCACCCCUGAAACAUGGUCGACCGCAGCGCAGCCUAUCUCAGUGGAGUUUCGUCAUCGUAUCCCCUUAGAUCAGGUGAUCCAGCAGCAACAGGAGGAGGAAGAGGCUGCGGCGCUAUCCAACAUAUACCGCAGGCAUCAGGCGCCACGGGCGGACUUCGUGACGGGCCAUCAUCGACGGUACCCGGACUAUCGCGAGUCCAGAGACAUGCCGGUCACCAAGAGCUACGACGACUACGAUCAAAUGUCCUGGUACAGGAACGCGAUACGCGAGAGGGAUUACGAAUAUCCGUUGUAUCGCCGUGGAUACAGCUACCAAUAUCCCGAUCGCUACAGGAUGGAGAGAGAUUAUUACACGCGGUCGCCGAGCGACUUGUAUUACGAUCGUUACGAUCGUUACAGGGACGACGAUCUCGAUUUGUACAGAGGCCGGCCCGCGCCGAAGCGUCGACUCGUCUACUACGCUACCCUGCCGGAAAUCGUGAGGAAACCGGUGGACCUGAGGAACUAUCCGCGGUACGACGCGGGUGUGGUCAAAACACCGGCCACGCGGGAUGGCACCUAUAAACGCAUACCCGGCAACGUCGAUCCGGGUAAGUAUCGGUACAGACAAUCGUACGGCGGUUACGAUCCCUACGCCAAGAGGUCGAGCUAUUACGAUCGUCUGUACGAAUAUCCCGAAGACGAUUCACGGCGGGUCAGAGUGUCGACCAAGGAGGACUUGAGGAACGACAGAUUCGGAGGCGCGAAUAACGAGCGGAAAGUGAGCAAUCUCAUAGCGAUUAGGGACGAGCCGGGCAAGCUGCCCUGGCCGGUGCAAAUCGGCACGGAAGUCAGCAUCAAGGAUGACGAGAGGAUCCCCGGACGAAAGAUCUUCGGCGAGUCGAGCGUCGGCUACGGAAGAUUCCAAAGCGCGCAGCUGCAGAAAGCGCCAGAUGCGACAGGAUCCAGCGAGCUCCAAAGCGACAAUUAA